AUGUCUCCCAGCCCUCAAAGCCCUUCAAAUGCAAGCCAAUGUGUUGCACCUUCAUCCGUUGACAGCGAUGGCCUUAAGAAAUUUCUUAAACUAGUUAAUAUGCUGGCUUCAAGUCCCGAAUCCCAAACCGUGUCCACCAUGCUUGAAGAAAUAGGCCAUCAGCGUGAACAAGUCCACGCUAGAGACGAAGAGCUGAAGAAAGCCCAAGAUCAAGUGCUCGAGCUGAAGGAGAGAAAGCGAGUCGCUAUCGAGGAAAUGUUUGCAGCUAACGAGAGCGAAAAGGCAAAGCAAAAAGACGCCCUUGACCGGGUCGAGUCACUUUGUGCAUCAGUUAACCAGAAAGACAAACAUCUUACCGACUACUCCAAAGAAGUACAAGGCCUCCGCCAGCAGAUCGACAGCAUCAAGUCAUCAUACUCAUUGGAGCUCAGCAAAGUUUCUCAGUCAGCGAAGGACAUCAGCACACUCCAACAGAAUUUAAAAGAGAAAGACAAGACGAUUGACAAGAUGAAGACUGCUGGAUCAAGUCUCAAAUCAAUGUUUUCAUCAGCGCAGAAGAAGAUAGAAGAGCUGGAAGCUGAAAAAGCCUCAUUGGAUCAAGCACUACAAGCGAGCCAAGGCCGACUCCAAAACCUAGAAAGCUUCACUGUUCAGGAAUUAGAGCUUGUCGAAAAUUCAAUAAUGGUUAACUUUUCAGAUAUAUGGGUCUUUGCUUCGAGCGAGGUAUUCGCCAUUUUGAGAGAGGACCUUGAUGAGGAAGUCUUGAAGGUAUGCAUCUAUCUGAACCCGCUUUAUGACCAUAUCCACUCAUCGUUCGAUCAAAAGGACAAAUCGAUCUGGGAAAAGCUUCGAAAAGAAAAUGCUCAAAUUGCCCAAAAUAAUAUCCCUCUGGUACCCUCAAACUCUCUCGAAGCUAAAGGAAUGCGUCUAGCUAUGACUAUGGCCAUCCUGUCGAGGGAACUUUGCAAAUACAUUUUCCAACCUAAUUACCUUUUACCGGAUGAUUCUGAAAUCCAGGGAGUCCUCAGUCACCUCGCCGAGAAUAAUACCGAGAAGGAAAGUUUCUGCCGACGCGUCCUUCUCUCGGUUGAUCGCAAUGCCGAAGAAAGAAAUCGCCAGGCAAGGAUUCAGACGGUGAUCCGCAAUGUGUCGUCAUACUUGUGGCCAUUGCUCUCAGAGACCCAACAUGAUUCGAUUCGCAUAAGUAUAGAGAAGAUUGUCCAAAAAGCGGCUGGAUUUUGGCUUCCAAUCCAACGUGCUCCGCAGAGAUAUGAGACAGAUUUUGAGCUAGUUGAUUUCGAGAUUGAGGACUGUGAGCCUUUCCACUUCCCCGGAGACAGUGCGCUCCCAGAUAGGCAGGAUCAGGGUGCUCGAGAUGUGAACGUUCUCACCGUGUUCCCUUGUAUCUCGCUGGUUAAAGAUGGCGAUCGUGAUCCCUUAACCCACCUUAUCCAAUUGAGGAGCUCACAGAAGCUUUUUAUGGCAGCAGAGCAUGAAGCUAGUCAAAUGAUAACUAGCUUUGUCGUCCCCAGGAGGUCAUCGACCCGGUCUAGACGGAAGUCUAUCGCUCAUAACUCUGAUCGACCAAACGGCGCCUCUUUUUUUAGGAGGAAAAUCGUCACAGCCGUGAUAUUCUGGUUGCGGAACUGA